UAAUAACAAAGAGAGAUGAGCACGGCGAGGGUCCUUUUCAACCAAAGCGUUAACCCUUUCCUCUCCAUCAAUGCGCGGCGACUACUCACUCCCAAACCCGAACUAAAACCCUACACAUCACUCCGAUCGAUCCGAGCUUCUUCAUCGUCGUCGUCGUCGUCGUCGUCGUCGUCGUCCUCCGCCAUGGUGAAGGUGAUCCGCGUCCACGAGCUCGGAGGACCCGAGGUGUUGAAGUGGGAGGAGGUGGAGAUUGGGGAGCCCAAGGAGGGAGAGAUCCGAGUGAAGAACAAAGCGAUCGGCGUUAAUUUUAUCGAUGUUUAUUUCCGUAAAGGGGUUUAUAAUGCGCCUUUGCCCUUUACUCCAGGGAUGGAAGCAGUGGGAGUUGUGACUGCAGUGGGCCCUGGAUUGACGGGCCGCAAAGUAGGGAAUGUCGUAGCAUAUGCCGGUAAUCCGAUGGGUUCUUAUGCUGAGGAGCAGAUCCUUCCGGCAAGUGUUGCAGUUCCUGUCCCAUCUUCCAUUGACUUCAGUGUUGCAGCAGCUGUUAUGCUUAAGGGCAUGACUGCUCAAGUUUUACUGCGCCGUGUCUUCAAGGUUGAGCGAGGCCACACAGUUCUCAUCCUAGCUGCUGCUGGUGGCGUUGGUUCGUUACUAUGCCAGUGGGCGAAUGCCCUCGGGGCCACCGUCAUUGGCACUGUUUCAAAUGAAGAGAAAGCUGCUCAAGCUGCUCAAGAUGGAUGCCACCAUGUGAUAAUAUAUACAAAGGAAGACUUUGAGGCCAAAGUCCAUGAGAUCACAUCUGGGAAAGGAGUCAAUGUUGUCUAUGAUUCUGUUGGAAAAGACACAUUCCAGAAAUCCUUAGCAUGCUUGGCGUCGCGAGGGUAUAUGGUCAAUUUUGGGCAGUCAUCGGGCAGGCCAGAUCCCAUCCCUUUGAGUGAUCUUGCUGCAAAAUCUUUGUUCCUUACUAGGCCGAGUCUAAUGCAUUACACCUCUACUCGCGAUGAGUUACUUGAAUCUGCAGGCGAGGUCUUUGCAAAUGUCGCAUCUGGGGUGCUGCGUAUUCGCGUGAACCAUACAUAUCCGCUAUCUGAAGCAGCACGUGCUCACGCAGAUCUCGAGGCGCGGAAAACUUCAGGUUCCAUAGUACUAUUUCCUGAUAACUAAAAGUAAUUACUUUGUAUUCAUGUGUGCAUUCUAUGGUUAUAUUCUGAUAAUAAUGCCUCGUAAGCUUAAAGAUUUAUUCUAUUGUGUGUUGGUUCCAAGUGAUCAUAUGAUGUUGGACUGGAAAGGAAAAACAAAAACUUGAUGAUCUGAAGUAUUACAAAAUACCGAAAUCAUAGUUGGAGAAUGUAACUGCAUUUGUACAAUAUUAAUCUAUCGACCACUAUGUGUUGUCUUUUAUCGCAAA